AUGGGUUCACUAGAAAGGUCAAAGAAAAAAACCCAUUUAUGGAAAAAAGCCAUGCUUCAUUUUUUUCUAUGUUUUGUUAUGGGUUUUUUCACCGGUUUAGCUCCAUCAGGUAAAUCUUUAAUUUUUUCCAGCAAAAUUGAAGUUGCAUUCGCAGUUUCAAAUGUAACAGAAUUCGUAACAGCUGCACCUCAACCUUCUCAAAUUUCUACGAAAAAUAGUAACAAAACUUGGAUAGCUUCGUCGCCGAAAAUUCAUAGCCAGAAAACAAAGUUGCAUGCAAAAUCUUUACCUCAGUUAAAGCCGAAAAGACUUGUUAUCAUAGUAACUCCAACCAGCAAGAAACUACCUUAUCAAAAUGUUUUUCUGAGAAGGUUGGCGAAUACUAUAAAACUCGUGGAUCAACCGGUGCUCUGGAUUGUCGUUGAAGCGAAAACGGAUUCGCCGGAAUUGUCAGAGAUUUUAAGGAAAACUGGUAUUAUGUAUAGACAUGUUGUUUUCAGUGAAGAGUUUGAUGAUUUAGAAAGUGAAUUGAAUCAUCAAAGAAAUUUAGCACUUAGUCAUAUUGAACAUCAUAGAUUGAGUGGGAUUGUUCAUUUUGCUGGACUUUCAAAUGUUUAUGAUCUUCAAUUCUUUCAACAGCUUAGAGAUAUUGAGGUGUUUGGGACAUGGCCAACAGCAUUAUUACUUGCAAACAGAAAAAGAGUAAUAGUUGAAGGACCUGUAUGUGACUCAUCUCAAGUUAUUGGAUGGCAUCUAAGAAAUAUGAACAAUGAAACAAUAACUCCUCCCAUUCAUAUAUCAAGUUUUGCAUUCAAUAGUUCCAUUCUUUGGGACCCUGAAAGAUGGGGUAGAACUUCAUCUGUUAAACACACUUCUCAGAAUUCAAUCAAGUUUGUGAAGCAAGUAGUUCUAGAAGAUGAAACUAAGUUGAAGGGAAUUCCACCAUAUUGCUCCAAAAUAUUGUUAUGGCGUUUCAACUUCUAUGCUCGUGCCAUGUCCAAGCAUUAA